AUAAAAGUGCUUUACUGGUUUCAUUAUUUUAUUUUAGUCAAUAAAACAUGCUCUUUUCAAGGGGUCCCUUUUAAAAGUUAGUUAAAUACUGAUGCUCGUUGAAUAAAACAGCGCGCUAAUGUGACGUAACGGGGUGGGUCGUCUAGUGGUCACGUGAUUUUUGGCGUGGUAAAGCAAGAGAGGUAUCUAAACCGUACACAUCUUGCUGCGAUACUCCUGUUACUCAAGAAGGGAUACUCUGGUCAUUUGCUUCAAACUUCUAGAAAAAUACCCCUUUUUUAAUUUUUGCGGAUUCAACCAGCAUCAUGGACGGCGGAGUGACAGUAGUAACCAAUCCUCUUGUGAAUGUGCGCCUAACAAGCUCCAUCUCCUCCUUCGAGGUGCAGCGCAGGUUCAAUAGAGGGAUUAGUAUAGCAGAACUGAAGGGAAAAUUGGAGAUGGUUUUGGGUGCAACUCCCUCCUGCAUGGACCUGGACUUGUUCAGCGUCUCUGACAAAUUCCUGCAGAAAAUGGAUGACAAUGAAGCUUUGCUGGGUUCCUUUCCUGUGGAUGAUGACUGCAGAAUACAUGUUACCGAUACAAGUGGUCAGAUGAGCGAGUUCAGUGAUGUUUCCAAGGUGGAGAAGUUUGAAAUCCCAGAGGACUCUUAUGAAAAGAGAACAGAUUCAGCAAGGUCAUUCAUGAAGAAACAUCGGGUUGGUGUCUAUAACGAGGAAGAAAUGGCCAAGAAGAAAGCUGACCUUGCUGCUCGGGAGGAGGAGCAGAAAGCUGCUGCUGAUGCUAUUUCUGUUGGCAGCAGAUGCCAAGUGCAGGUCUCAGGGCAACCGACAAAGCUUGGCACCGUCAUGUAUGUUGGAACAGCAGAUUUCAAGCCGGGCUACUGGGUGGGUCUGAAGUACGAUGAGCCCAUGGGAAAGCAUGAUGGAACUGUCAAUGGCAAGCAAUACUUUGAAUGCGAGGACAAAUAUGGAGGAUUUGUGAAGCCCCAAAAUGUGACCGUGGGAGACUUUCCUGAGGAGGAUUUCGGUAUCGAUGAGAUGUAGGACUGUAAUGUGAGUGUUUCUGCCCGGGAAUGUGAGUGACGACCUCAAGCUGUUUCCAUUCACCGACUAGAGAGGAUGCAAAGUCUCUGUCAUCAUAAUAAAUGAAUUUUAAGUUUUUUGUAUUUUUACUUUGUGCCUCUCUGUGGGGCAUUAUCCAAAGCACGGUGUCUAAAGGUCUGUGAUGCUCAGAUUCUCUCUCACUACACAACAUGAAUGAGGAAAAUGUCAGGUAGUACAUCUCCUGGUUUGCUACAUAUGAGAAUGGUACAGGAUAAUCACACCAACAACGUCUAAUAAAGGGGCUUUGGUUGCAUGUAUCACAAGGUCAAUAUGUGGUCAUUUAUUUCAUGCACUUCGGUUUAAUUUACUUGCUUUUGCAGUACCUGUUGCUUCCAAAUGUUCGGAACAUGAGUCAUCUUUGUAAUCUGAAAGCCUGUAUUGACAGUUUUAACACCAAUUUAAUUUCUCUUCAAUGAUUUUUGUAUCGGUUAGUACAAAGAUCAUUGUCUAUAACUGUUUAUAUUUGGCUGUUGUCUUUGCAUUUUUUUGAUGACUGUUAUAUGCUGAAAGUUAUCAUAGAAAAAGUCCUCCCUAAAAUACUUCAGCAUUGACUUAUUGAAUCUCUUGCCUUGUAUUCAAGUCUAACACACAGCAUAAACAUUUCUCCAAUUGAGUAAAAUGGAGAAUUGUUUCCAAUAUUUGAUUAAAAUAAGAGCUUAAUCAAACAUUUAACCAUAUUUCAGUCAAGUGGAAAGAUCAAGGAAUCUCCUCGAACAAUAGUCUCAAUAUUCCAUUGUGUAACACAGCUGCUUAGAGCUUCAUGUAUACAAUGUCUGGGAAGAGAUUUUUUUAAAUGUAUAGGGGGAUAUUUCUCACUAAACAACUCCUAAAUUCCUUAUAUUUCUUUUAUCAUUUGUAUGUAAUCUGAUUAAACUCAUUUUAAGGUUUCCAAAUGGAUACAAUAUGUAAAUGCCAGUUAUAUUUCUCGGACUGGAUACCUCUUGUCAAAAAAUGAAAAUGCAUGCAAUUGAAUGUGUCCUGCUCAUAUUGAACCACUGAAAUAAAACCGUAUUUUAAGUUUAAA